UCAUGGGCAGAGCUAGCAAGCGUUAAGUAAGGCUUUAUUACUACUUCAGUUAUCAUCACCAAAAGCUAUGGCUGAGGAAGAAGGGCGUGGUGAUCAGUUCACUGAGGAUGGAACUGUGGAUCUUAGAGGAAACCCUGUCCUUAGAUCCAAGAGAGGUGGAUGGACUGCCUGUUCCUUUAUUGUUGUCUAUGAGGUGUUUGAGAGGAUGGCCUACUAUGGAAUAUCAUCUAAUCUGGUGGUCUACUUAACAAAGAAGCUUCACCAAGGAACCGUCUCCUCCUCCAACAAUGUCACCAACUGGACCGGUACCAUAUGGAUAACUCCGAUCCUCGGCGCCUACAUCGCCGAUGCCUAUCUCGGCCGGUACUGGACCUUCGUUGGUGCUUCUGCCAUAUAUCUCUCGGGUAUGUGUUUGCUUACUUUGACUGUUUCACUACCAGCCCUGAGACCCCCUCCAUGCCACCAAGUAGAUACACAUUUAUGCAAAAAGGCUUCACCACUACAAUUGGGUGUAUUCUACUCUGCACUGUACAUAUUAGCAAUUGGGACAGGUGGAACCAAGCCCAACAUCUCCACAAUCGGUGCGGAUCAAUUCGACAUUUUCGACCCGAAAGAGAAGACCCAUAAGCUCUCCUUCUUCAAUUGGUGGUUUUUUAGCAUCUUCUUUGGGACACUCUUUGCCAAUACUUUCCUAGUGUACAUUCAAGACAAUGUGGGUUGGACUCUUGGUUAUGGGAUCCCAACAAUGGGGCUUGCAAUAUCUGUGUUGAUCUUUCUUGCUGGUACAACCUUCUAUAGGCACAGGUUGCCCACUGGAAGUCCUUUCACUAGAAUGGCCAAGGUCAUUAUGGCUGCCUUUAGGAAUUGGAGAAUACCCAUUCCUUCUGAUCCUAAACAACUUUAUGAGCUUGAUUUACAGGAAUAUGCAUCUAAGGGAAAGUAUAGGAUUGAUUCCACAAAUACCUUAAGGUUCCUAAACAAGGCCUCUGUGAGAACAGCUUCAAACUCUCCAUGGAAGUUGUGCUCCGUUACCCAAGUGGAGGAGACGAAGCAGAUGCUGUGUAUGAUCCCCAUUUUGAUCUCAACCUUUGUGCCUAGCAUAAUGGUUGCUCAAAUCAAUACCCUUUUUAUCAAGCAAGGUACAACCCUUGAUAGAAAAAUAGGGAACUUCUCUAUUCCACCUGCAAGCUUAACCGCAUUCGUCACGAUAUCAAUGCUUGUUUCUGUUGUGAUUUACGAUCGAUUCUUCGUUAAAUUAAUGAGAAGAUGGACUAAAAAUCCGAGGGGGAUUACGCUUCUUCAACGAAUGGGGAUUGGCAUGAGCAUCCAUGUCUUCAUAAUGCUAAUUGCAUCUAUAACUGAGAGGAGGAGACUAAGAGUGGCCAAACAACAUGGAUUGGUAGCAAGUGGAGGGACAGUUCCACUGUCCAUAUUCACUUUACUCCCCCAGUUCAUUCUUAUGGGAACAGCUGAUGCAUUUUUGGAGGUGGCAAAGAUUGAAUUCUUCUAUGAUCAGGCACCAGAGAGCAUGAAGAGUUUGGGGACUUCUUAUUCCAUGACAAGUCUAGGGAUAGGCAAUUUCCUUAGCAGUUUCCUCCUUUCAACAGUGUCUAAGAUUACCAAGGGUGAUGGACAUGAAGGAUGGAUUAGAAAUGAUCUCAAUGCUUCUCACUUAGACUACUACUAUGCAUUCUUUUCAGUACUAAACAUACUAAAUUUCAUCUUCUUUGUGGUGGUGACCAAGUACUAUGUUUACAGAGCUGAUACAUCUGAAACAAUCAAUGGAAGUGUGGUUAGAGAAGACAACUUAUCAACAUUUGCAGUCUCUCGGCAAGAGGAGCCAGUGGCUUAGGUAAAUUACUGCAUUUAACUACAAAGUAAGGGCCCCCACAGAAGAUAAAUUUGAUGUUGGCAAUAAUUCUGAUGAUCAGUUAUUAUGUCAAGUUCACAUACACUUGUAGGUGGUGUCUUCCAUUUUUUCUUUUCCCGGGCUCUGUGGGGUUGUAAGUAAAAGGAAAUGAAGGGAAGGGAUGUGAAAUUGGUUUAGAGAAGAAAAUUUUUGUAAUCGUGAUUGU